AAAAAUGACACAACCCUAAUUUUAUUUUCUAUCAAAGAACUGCCCGUCGCUUUCAUUGCCCCCUAACUUGUGCCACUCAUCUCAUCUUCAACCUCUAUGAACUUGUCAUUGUUGCCGUUGUGAUCGCUAAUCCUUCUUCUUGUUGUGAUAGCCGCUCCCGUUCACCGCUGCCAUUUUUGCUCCUGCUCCUGCCACUCUUCUUCUUCUUCUUCUUCUUCUUCUACUCGCCGCUUCCGUUCUUAUAUCGUCGUUGUUCUUUUUUCCUAUUAGUUUGUUAAGAGUAUGGCAGUGUCGAUAUCUCGAAGGAUUUUACGCUCUUUUAGGUCCUUACCAUCUCUUACUCAUCAAUCAUUUCGAGCUUCUCAUGAAUCUUCUGCGGAUUGCUUAUUUUCUGCAGAAUCUUCCAGCUUUAUAAAGAAUGGGGCGGCUUCCCUAGCUUGCCGGAAGUUAUCAACAUCUAUCUUGACUCCAGGAUCUAGUGAUGAUGCAUUUCCCUCAGAUUUGUUGUCUACAAAGACUUUACUUACACCAGAGCGUGAGAUAGGACUUCAUGAGGACCUGGUAAUUCCAGUGACAAAUUUUCUUAAUGAGGAUAAGGGGUUUAUGGUUUUGGCUGGUGAUGUCUUUGAUGUGCCCAUUAAGAAGCAUAUUAUUCACCGUGUUGUGCGAUGGCAACUUGCAAAACGACAACAGGGUACACAUUCAACAAAAACAAUUAGUGAGGUUAGCGGGACUGGGAAAAAGCCAUAUCGUCAGAAGGGUACUGGUCGAGCAAGGCAUGGAACACUGCGUGGACCACAGUUUAGGGGUGGUGCUACAAUGCAUGGCCCUAAGCCACGGAGUCAUGCUAUUAAAUGCAACAAGAAGGUUAGGCGCCUGGGCUUGAAAAUUGCUUUGACCGCUCGUGCGGCAGAAGGAAAGCUCUUGGUUUUUGAGGAUUUGGAGAUCCCUACGCAUAAAACUAAGAAUAUUGUGAACUAUGUCAAGCAAAUGGAAGAGACCAAGAAGCUACUGCUGGUUGAUGGCGGCCCUAUUAAUGAAAAGCUGAAGUUGGCUGCACAAAAUCUACAUUAUGUCAAUGUGCUGCCUUCAAUUGGGUUGAAUGUGUAUAGCAUAUUGCUGCAUGAUACGCUGGUGAUGUCUCGUGAUGCUGUAAACAGGAUUGUUGAGCGGAUGCACACUCCAAUUAACCGAUGAAGUGACAAGCUCAUUUUGCGCUCUUUUCUGCCAGUUUUAAGCUGGAAGAGAAAAUACAACCAGAAUAACGUGUAUCAUUAUUAAUAUUGUUUCUGUCUUUUAGUCAAAAUGUGCAAUCAAAUGCCCGUUUUCUUGAACUAGUUGUAGGAAGUUCUUGUAGUCAAAUUUUGUUGAAAGGUCUAGCAUGCCAUGACAUAUUUUGCUAUGGUAUUGUCAGGGAGAAGAAAACUGCUUUCACUUGGUUA